CUCCACCGAGGCCCAUAUAGGACUGAAUAGGCUGUGCUACAGCAAUGACAAGAAUAUCCGUUGCCAUUGGGGGCGAGAUCAAACAGCAGACGCCUCGACAAUCUAGUCUACCUUGAGAAGUAUGCUGGUGCUCGAGGCCACGCACGUUCUCUUGUUCAUACUGAUGUUCAUCAACGAAUUCGCCUUGUGCAAAGUACCCAAACAGUAUGAACAUCUCCGGCGUGUUCGGUUCUACGCUCAUCGGGGGGUUGGUCUCCGCUAUGUUGUAUGGCAUAACGACACUCCAGGGACAUAUAUGUAUUACAUGCACUACUCCGGGGAUGCCACGACCAUGAAGUUCCUGGUUGCUGCCCUAUGGAUUCUUGAUACCUUACAUGCCUUGUUCACAUGUCACUACUUGUACUACUACCUGAUAACCAACUAUGGUGUUCCGACGAGUUUGGAGUAUUUGGUCUGGUGCGCAUUAGCUCUGAUGGAUUCACUCGCAGUUUUCGUAGUUCAAUGUUUCUUCGCACAUAAAAUACAUUACCUCUGUCGCCGCCAAGUGAAGUGGUUUGUGACCGCCCCAAUUAUGCUAUUCGUACUAGUUCACUUCGGGUUUUGCGUAGAGACGACUGUUUUGAUGUUCGUCAAUAAGGACGUCAGUUCCCUUACGCAGAUUAGGAAUUCCUCCCUAAUACCCGGUGGGAGUGCCGUUCUACCAGCUGAGGUUCUGAUUACGGUGUCACUUUGCAUACUUUUGUAUGACAGCUCUCGCUUUGCCACCCUAAGGUAACCUGAGUCCGCGUCGAUGGUUCAUUCCUGGCGGAUUC